UUUUGUAACGAGUGAAACUUUUGUUAAAUGCGUUCCUCCGGUAACUGAAACUGAAAACCAAAAACAACCUUCAAUCUCAUUUUCUUCGGUUACAACGUCCCAGUCAUCGCCCCAUACUCUUCAAUUUUAUAUCUGUCUGUGUUAUCAGAUUUGAAAUCCUUAAUCCAUUUCAGAUCCGACGCACAAAAAAUCGUGCACAACUGUUUGAAUCUAACAGCAGUUCAAAGAAGCAAUGCGCAGCCGGGGAUCCGGUACCCGGCUAGCUGCUGCUGGUGGCACCAGCAGCAGCGGUUCGGCUUUCAUGUCGCGUAUCUCGGCUCUUUUGCUAGCCAUGUUUGCAACGAUGGCCACGAUUUAUGUUGCCAGCCGUCUGUGGCAGGAUGCAGAGAAUCGAUUGCAUUUGAUUGAAGAAUUUGAAAGGAGAAAUAGUCAGGUUAAAUCUGCCAUAUCAGUGGACGAUACUCUAAAAAUUAUAUCCUGCGGGGAGCAACGGAAGAAGUUAGCAGCGGUUGAGAUGGAUCUAGCUGCAGCUAGACAAGCAGGUUUUGUUUCAAAGCACUCGGUAAAGAAGGAAGAUGAUCGGUCUAAGAAGAAGCUUUUAGCUGUUAUUGGAAUUAUAACUACAUUUGGCCGCAAGAAAAACAGAGAUGCAAUUCGAAAGGCAUGGAUGCCUACAGGUGCAGCUCUUAAAAAACUGGAGGAUGAGAAGGGUAUUGUUGUACGAUUUGUAAUAGGCAGAAGUUCAAAUGGUGGAGACAGUUUGGACAGGGAGAUUGACCGCGAAAAUGUGCAGACUAAUGACUUCAUUGUUCUUGAUGGACAAGUGGAGGCAAUUGAGGAGGCUCCAAAAAAGACAAAAUUAUUCUUUAUAAAUGCUGUAGAGCAUUGGAAUGCUGAAUUUUAUGUUAGGGUCAAUGAUGAUGUUUUUGUUAAUAUUGAUGCCUUGGGAGCCACACUUUCCACUCAUUUGGACAAGCCUCAGGUUUAUAUUGGGUGUAUGAAAUCAGGCAAAGUUUUCUCUGAACCGAACCACAAAUGGUAUGAACCGGACUGGUGGAAAUUCGGUGAUGGAAAAUCAUACUUCCGCCAUGCCUCCGGUAAAAUCUAUGCCAUUUCACAAGCUUUGGCUCAGUUUAUUUCAAUUAAUAGGUCUAUUCUUAGAACAUUUGCCCAUGAUGAUGUCAGUACUGGAUCAUGGUUCAUUGGACUUGAUGCAAAGCACAUUGAUGAAGGGAAAUUUUGCUGCUCCUCAUGGUCAACAGGAGCAUUAUGUGCAGCUGUGUGAUUAGACUCUCCCCAGUAGUUGACAUUCAACCUUAAUAUAUUUAGAUGAAAUCGAUCAACACUUUAGUAUUGGACGUUACUUCUUUCUUGCAUCAUCUCGAAUGCUUCUUGAUGUACCUGCAAAGUUCAUGUGAUUAAUCUGAGGCGAGUUGAUGCUGGUGCCUCAAAAUUGUAGUGUGGUUGAUUUACAAUCAAUCCCUUCAAUUGAAAUGCUAAUCAAUAUUUAGAAAAUAGCCGCUGUAUGGGAGCAACAGGCUUCUACCUGAAGAAGGCAUGUCCGUAAUGUCCUAUAGCUGCUCAUCCCAAGUUUAUUCCAAAAUUUUGUUGACCGAGUUUUCCUGAGAAAAUUCUUUCUUUUGUUUUGGAAACAGGGUAGAGAAAUAAUUUUUUAUUAUAAUUUCUCUUUUAUUACCAUAGAAGUCGAUGUCCUGCUCUGCUUCUCACAUUAGACAUUUGAGCUGCCUUGAUUAAUAUGUAAGUUGAUAUUGUAAAAUGUAAUAUGUCGCGAUCUUUUUCAUUC